AUGGCUGCGUUGGUGGUGCAGUGCCUAGAGUUCAAACAAGGACAAAAAUUACCACCAGCAGCUCCUCCAUAUCCAUGUGUGAAAAGACGAGAAGCAGCCAGUGAGAAAGGAGAACAACUGAUGAUGAGUUCUCUCUACAUUUGGCUUUCCACAGUCCUGCUGUCGGUCUCGGUGCAGGGUUCCAAUUUUUCUAGUAAUGGUUGGUCAAUGACAGUCAUGGAUGGAGUGAGGGCUGAGGAAGGAGGCUCCGCUGUCUUACCCUGCAGCUUCACCCAUCCUGACACUAAUCUCACACUCACCGGCUCUGUCAUAUGGUACAACCGUAAAUCAUUGGCUUACAAUGUCAUUUUUAACUGCACAUAUUCUGAUCCAGACCAUUCCCAGGGUGAUGUGUGUGAGAAUGUGAUACAGCAGGACGGUGGGAAUCGAUUGAGAUUUGCGGGGAAUCUCAGCAACAAAGAUAUCUCAAUAAUGAUGGAGGAACUGAGCCUGAAGGAUACUGAUCCCUAUCAGUGUCGUGUGGAGCUCAAUAUUAAUAGUUUUCAAACAACGUCUCUGACAUGGCUGGAAGUGGAAGCUGCUCAGGGAAAUGUCUCAGUGGUGACUGGGACAGAGGGAGAUUCAGUUACUUUACCCUGUAUCUUCGGGAGCUGGGACUCCCACACCCUGACCACUGUUACCUGGAUGAGGAAGGAGCCCUACCAACACAUCGUUACAUUUACAGCCCAACCACAGGGAACUUGGAAAAGUGUACACGGUGGAAAUCGGUACGAGCUCAUUGGGAACCCAGAGGAGGGAAAUGCCUCGACCAGGAUAAACCAGCUGAGAGUGAGGGACAAUCACACUUACCUGUGUCUAGUGGAAUACAGGUCAGAAUCUGAUUCUCAGCAUCUGAUACAGAAGGAGACUCGGCUCAUAGUACUUGUGAGGAGGACUGUGUCCACUGCCAUGCUAGUCAUUUCCCUGGUCAGCCUCCUGCUCAUCCUCAUCAUCAUCAUAUUUGUUCUCUUCAGGAAGAAAGAAGUAUGUUCGCUGCUAACUGAGUACACCAGAUCUUCAAAAAGGAAAGAACUGGGUUUAUCCAGCACUCCUGGGAGUGAUAAAACCCCUCAGCCGAAAACACCAGAUCAGGACAGUUCUAGCCCCUAUGCUGAGAUUGAGAGCAACAGAACAGGUGACAAGAGAUUCACAAUCAGUCCGUCAGAAGACCCGCAGCCUGAUUCCUGCACCUAUGCCAGCAUUGUAAUCAACAGCAGCAAAAAAGACAGCAGGAACGUCACAAUCGCUGAUGCAGAAGGGGAUGUAACCUAUGCAGCUGUUGUGCGCUCAUGUUAGGACUGAGCAUUUACAAUAACCUGAGCGGGAAUGAUUCACAGGUGCCUUCAAUACCUGAGAUAUUCUUAAGGACCUGAACUAUCAGCUGUGCCAGUGGAGCUUGCAACACAUCAAUGAACCAAUGUUUGCCAGCACUUAAUCAAUCCAACUCCAUCAGUUUCACCAGUGAAUCAAAUUCUAAUUGGUCCAAACCAGUCUGUUACUGCUUAUUGAAACCGUGCCUUCACAUAACUAAUUAAUUCCAAUCCUGGUCAAUCAGAGAUAUCAUUAAUUUCAUGUGCACCGUAUUCCAGAAAGCCAACUGGUGAAGGAUGAAACUGGAGCCAACAUUUAAUAAGUCAUUAUUAAUUUAUUUGCAGAGUGAACUAUUUCAAGCUUUUGCCUCCGAGUGCAACUAUAUUCACUUUCAGCAGAUAUUUCUUCAUAUAUCCUCAAGAGGUAUCUCACUUAAUGCCCUCCUACUGCAUAUGAUUAAACACAGUUGAUAUACAAUAUACCCAUCCACCUUGCUACUUAACACCCAUCUCCAGUGUCCUGCUGGGGUCUAUUGAUUGUUUCAUAAAAAUGUAACAUAAUGUUUGAAGAGUUCUGACAACAUUGUGAUUGAUGGUCCUUUUAAGAAUAAACCAGGAUAUGCUCCAGAGGAAAUAGAGCACAAUGGAUUCUCAUAUUUAAAGGCUGUGUUUUUAGUAUUCCCAAUAAAGAGAAAGAGCAGACUGAAUUUUGUAUUGAAAUAUGAAGUGGAAAUAAACAUUUUGGAAAACA